AUGCCUUCAAGAACACCAAAAGAAUUACAGGGCGAUAUUCAACGUGCUGUUCAGAUCCUACAAUUAUUCACAGACCCUAAUAAAGGGAAAGAUUUGUCAAUGUUGAUUCCUUCAUCUGUAUUAGCGAAUGCGCAUGGUAUUGUGUUUAUUCGAUUAUUCCGAGUUGGUCUCGGUCUUUCUGCAAAAACUGGCAAUGGAAUUAUUAUAGCAAGACUUCCUAAUGGCAGCUGGUCAGCCCCUUCAGGUGUGUCUAUGGUUUCUCUGGGAGUAGGGCAAAUGUUUGGUGCAGAAUCGAUUGAUAUGAUUCUUGUCAUGAACUACAGAGCUGCUGUAAAAGCAUUUUUAGAUGGCGGAGGACAAUUACAAUUAGGCGUUGGCGCAUCGAUUUCUGCAGGACCCAUUGGUCGUAGUGCAGACAUUUCUGCUUCUGCUUCUAUGACAGGCAACCAUGUUGCUGCCACAUAUGCUUAUAGUUCAUCGAAAGGUCUAUAUUUAGGGUACCAAUUUGAAGGUUCCAAAGUGUCUGAGCGAGUCCGGACGAACCAAGCUUACUAUGGACGUCCUAUCACAGCACAUGAGAUUUUGACAGGUGUGGUGCCUCCUCCGCAAGACGCUGCACAAUUAUACGAUGCAUUAAACGCUUUAGGAGCUGGACCUCGCCCAGGUGCUUCUUUUGGACCAAGAAAAAGUGUUUUAGGAAAACAAUCGUCUCAUACUUCUGCCUCAUUACCCACUCAAUCAUCACCACAACCACCACAGCCACAGCCACCACAACCACAGCCACCACGACCAUUGCCAAAAGAUGAAAAAUACAUGGAUCCUCCACCUCCUUACGAAGCGAAUCCUAGCAUGCCUCCUCAUUCGUUUGACAAUCAAGCCAGCGUUUUUCCACCCGAUACAAAACGACCUGUAAUGCAAACAGGCUACAGUCGACAAUCCAUUAAUCAAGCUGCAGUCAAUAUUCAUCAAACGGGCCAUUCACAAGGUGCUGGCCCUUCUCAUUUUUACUCGCCACAUGAACAGAACAACGCUGCGCCAUCAUCACCUGUCAUGUUUAUACCACCAUUGCAUCAAAGCAAGGACACGAAAUCACAUCAGGAUAUAAAACCAGCCAUGCCUCCUCCAGCAGACAGCAUGACAGUAGUUGUAGCUAAAUACGAUUAUCAUAGCGAUGCUCCUACUGAUCUAUCCUUUUCCGCAGGCGAUCAUAUUAUUGUCACAAAAAGACUGGAAGAUAGAAACAGUUGGUGGGAAGGUGAAAUAGGAACAAAAAAAGGUUAUUUCCCAGCAAAUUAUACUGAAGAUAUAACUGAUUAA